AUUCUAGUUUGGCUGGUAGCCUAUGUUUGAAAACUAUUUUUAACUCGCUGCGCUGUAAUGACGAAGUUUCAAGUAGUAGGAGAAUUUUGUGCAGACCGUUGAUUCAUUUUCGUAUCUCUAGUUAAUCACACUUCGAAAUUCGUAGUAAGUUAUUAUUGUGGCUUCGAUAUCGACAAUGCAUUGUAUUCAUUGUAUUCUUAUUAAUUGUAUUUGUCAUGUCAGCUUACUGUAAUCGAUGGAUUUUCUAAGUUGUUUGACAAAAUACCCUUCAAAAAGUUGCUGUGAUCGCGAAACUGCGAUAAGUAGCGAGCUCGGGAGUUGCGAUCACAUUUACGCAAGCUUAAUUGAAUGCAAAAAUAAAGGUAUAAAUAAAGAUUUCAUUUAUCUCGAACCAGUAUCAAUAGCGUAUCCAAACAAACGUAAUGAAGAUUCCAGAAAAAAGCGUGCUUCUUCGCUCACAAAUUCGAACAUUUUUACAUAUCAGUCUCCCCCCUGUUUAACUAGCAAAAUUGGCAGCAAAGUCGACAAAGAAUCGAAAGAAAUAACGUAUUCCCCAUACAACUUGUUGCGUGAUGCAGAUUUCCAAUGUCCUAGAUGCGAACAGAGAAUGGAAGAACCUAGACUUCUGCCUUGUUUGCAUCCCAUAUGUUUAUUGUGCGUUUAUCAACUAAUGAAUAAAUCCUCGCCGCACAUAUUUUCAAAGAGCGACGUACGAGACAAUCGUACAUACGCACGAGCCGAUAUUCACGAAAUAUGUCCAUUGUGUGACUCGCAUUUGCCAAAUGUUAAUUCUUCCGUGCCGCCACCUCAUUAUCCCUUGCAACAUCGUUUAAUUAUAAAUACUGUGCGAGGCAAGCUGGUUAACAGAAUACUAUGUGAUAUAUGCGUGGACGAAGUUCCGGCACUCAUACAGUGUUCUACGUGCUUGCGUAAUUUCUGUUCGAAAUGCGGCAAACGACACGAACAACAGAACGUUGCGGAAGCAAGAUCAAUUAAACAUUUAAUGAGACCACUGUGGGAGGCCACUAAAGUACGACGAACAAUUUUAUGUCAAAGACAUCCAACGCACGUUUUAAAAUUUUAUUGCAUCGCGUGUCAACAGGUGACAUGUAAAGAAUGCAUGUGGAGUAUGCAGCACAGAGGUCAUGCCAGUGAGGAUGCUGUCGGAGUAGGAAAAAGAGCUAGUGCAUACUUGGGAAUUAUGUCACAAAAAGCGAAAAUAUGUCUAAAUAAGCUGCUGAUUCAAUAUGAUCGUAAUAUAUUUUCAAAUAACGAUUUGGAAGAACUAGAGGACAUCGCUAAGACUUGCAAGUAUGUUCAAAUAUAGUUUUAUGCUACAAAUCAGAAGUUAUAUGUAUAUAAAUCACUAUAGGUAAAUGCGAUCAUACAAAAGCUUGCAAUAAGCCAUAUAAUGUUCCAAAAAUUGACAAGCUUUUGUUAUAGUUUACUAUAAUAUAUAGAAUGUCUCAGAAUAACCACGACAACGUUUGUGAGCGAAUGGAGCACAAUAAGCCGUACGGAAAAGUCUUUUAUCGUUUUACAAUUUUCGCAAUAAUUAUGGAAAAAUUAAUUUAAAAAGAUUGGCCAAGGAGUGUGCGUUUCACGCUGCUAGAUCACAGGAUGUGCGCACGGCAACGAAAGGUUUGAUCGAUCGACAAAAAUAAAAGUAACAUGCGAGCAAUGAGCGAGCGGAAACUUUACUUUUCGUUACUGUGCAUACAUCUCACAAUCUAACUACACAAAACGUGCGCUUAUUCGCCAAUUCUUUUUAAUUAAUUGCUAUAAUUGCAAAAAUUGCAAAACAAUAAAGAACUUUUCUAUACUAUUCUCUACUCGCUCGCGAGUAUUGGUUGUUCUGAGACACCCCUAUAACUAAGAUGAUAUAUCAGUAUAUGGGGUCAUACAUAAAUAAAUUCUCAUUAAUAUAACUAUAUUAGAAUACAUUAUUGUUACAUGUAAUUAAUAUGUGAAUAAU